AGGGUGUCUCUCUCUCUCGAUCUUUGCACUGUGUGUGUGACUGUCUGAUCCUAAAUGUCUGAGCAGCCCACCAGAGGGUAGUUGGAGUUUCUACGUUCUUCUGCUCCAGACCUGGGUACGGGUGACAGACUCUCUGCCGUCGCCUCUCCUGCUGCUGCGGCUUCAUGUUCCAGGAUUCAGCCCCCUGAGAUACAAUCAAGUUUUGGGAUCCUUGAAACACAGGCAGUAGGUCUGUAAGAUUUUGGAGUAGAGUACUGCUUUUUUGUUCAGAUAAUGGAUCAGCAGCAAUUCCAGGCAGUCGCAGCAGACAAGCUGGAGGUGACAGGCACCGGGGAGGAUGAGGCAGGUGCCCCUAUCAGCACCCUGACCAUCCUCUCCCUCCUGGAGCGUGUGGCGGGCAUCAUCGACAACGUGCAGGCUUGCCAGCAGCGCAUGGAGGAGCGGCAGCUGGAGCUGGAGAACAACAUCAAAACCAUCCAGAUCGAUGUACUCAAGCUGGCGAAGGACCACUCCAUCACUGGUAACACGGUGGAGAAGCUGCUGGAGAAGACCCGCAAGGUCAGCUCCAACGUGAAGGACGUGCGCCAGCGUGUGGAGAAGCAAAACAUUCGCGUUAAGAAGGUAGAAGCCACCCAGGAGGAGCUGCUGAUGAGGAACAAGUUCCGAGUUGUCAUCUACCAGGGUGAAACCGAGAUCCCUUCAGUGGCUGUUACAAAAACUCCUAAAGGAGCUCCAGGGGUGAGCACGGUCGAGCCAGAUACCUACGACGCCCCUGCGGAUCUGUCCUCUGACGAGGAGUACAUGGUGGUGGAGGAGGCCGACUCCUCCACCGCUGCCCGCCUCAAGAAGUCAGGGAUGAGGCGCAUCGAGAGUAUCAAGAAGGCCUUCACAAAGGAGAACAUGACCAAGACCAAGCAGAACCUGGGUACGAAGGUCAACCAGAUCAGCACCCGGAUCGUGACGCCAGAGCGCAGGGAGAAGAUCCGCCAGUCCGGGGAGAGGAUAAAGCAUUCUGGGGAGCGCCUGAAGGAAAGCAUCAGCAAAGCUGCUCCAACCAAGGAGUCGUUCAAGUUUUCUAUCAAGAAGGACAAGGAGAGGACAGUAGCAGAGGGCCAGGAGGGAACCCAGGGGGCUCACGCAGAACAAGCAGCAGAGGAGUCCGGAGCUUCUGCACCACCACCCAAAGCCAGCAGGAAACCCAACCCUGACGUCACCUACACCGAGGUGGUGACGGAGGUGAAGCAGGAGACCAGUGUCACAGAGCUGGCAGCACCCCAGAGGGAAGACGGCAAACUUCCUUACACUGAAACGAUCGUGAUAGCAGCAGAAGAAGGCAAGGGAGAGCAAGCAGAGGGAGUGGUGAAUGAUAUAAAGCAAUCCUCCCAGGCAGUCUAGUGCAUCCCGUGAGAGGGAAAAAAAAAAACGAGUGUUGUACCAUUUGAGAGAAAUUCAGUUUUGCAAAUCUACUAUUACAUCCUUUUCCUCUUUUUUAUGCGUAUGGAACUUUCAUGGGAGCUGUGUCAAUAGAAGUUUUUAUUCGUUUUUUGGUUGCAAAUUGGAGACCAGAGUAGAGUCAGCAGUAAAAGGUUUCUAGUUACAGGCCUGUUAGCAACAUGUCCAAAUUAUAGUAUCAAUACAAAAACACUCCUCAUUUCCCCAAUAUAUAUUGUAGUGUACGUUAUUGGGAACAACAGUGUUUUUGAAUGACGAGGAAGAUUUUUGUUGUUGCUGUUAUAACAGUAUAGUUGUUUUUUACAUUGCAGAUUGUCUGGUACCUCAAAACCAUAAAAUACAGAAUAGUGAAAGAAAACUUUGUUAAAGAAAUAAAAUGGGAUGUUGUUGGAAGUUUCUGAGAUUGAGAUGGAAGUUUCUGGGGGUUUUUGGUAAAGUACCAAAGAAAUCAAACAUGACCAUUGGUAGCUGAAGUCUGUGUAAAACUUUUGGUAUUCUAGGAUGUUUUAGCAAUGGUAAAUUCAAAGAAGUAUUAUCAUCCAUCAUUGACAGAUUGGUUAAACAGGUUUUGCAUGGCACAGCAGAGUUCUACAAUAUGUCUUGUUUGGGAAAAAUGGAAGUAAAGUUUGGUGACAUGAAUACAUUUUAAAAGGAGUUUGACAAAUGGCAGGUUUUUAUGUAAGUUUUAUUUUAUGUUUAAAAAGUCUAGCCUCAGAAUUAAUUGGUAUACGAAUUGACCACUCUUACAAAAUUGGGCACGGUAGACAUAACCUUUAAAAGAACUCAAUCAGCUGGUCUCUGAGGAGUAUCUUAAAAAUGAUGUUGAUGAAUACAAGAUGUAAAAUACAAAAUUUAGAUUAGGUUUUGUUAACUUACAUUUUUCAAAAGGAAAGCAAUAUAUAAGGCCCUUGUCUGCAUGUGUAAGAAGCUAAAUAGUAAAUCUACUCUUAAUAACACAGAUUAUGGAAAUUUUUGUAAGGUAAAUAUACUGUAAUCCACUCAUUUUCUCAACUUACUGUGUGUUCAAUUUAUUGUUUUGUAUUUUCAUGUACUUUUUGUCUGUCCUAAAAUUGUUGUGGAAAUUCUGGGCAAUUAUGAAGCAUUAGAAGUCAAAGUUUCAGAAAAUAUACCAGUAGUGCUUUUUAUUGUUAGAAAUCAUUUUGCUAUAAACUAGUACCUGCUUACUACAAUACAGAGUGAUGUUAUGCAUGACUUAGUUAUAUUUAGCUCAAAUACUGUAUAUUGUCCCCUAAUUGUAAAUUAUAACAAAUGUCCUUGGAAAAUGAAUUGUAAAUCACUUUGCAAUUAAAGUUUAUUUCCCAGUGAUUUUCUCGAUGA